AUGCACUUCAACCUCUUUGCUAGAUCUAAUAUUGUCGCUUCUUUUCACAUUCUAAAUCCCAUUCCCAGUGAAUUCAAUCCUAUCUUUUCGGCAAAUCCCACUCAUGUCCCAUUUCAAUCCCUUCUAGAUCACCCGUCAAGGGCUUACAACGCAAUCACCAAUCAAUGUUUUUUUUUAAAAGGCUUGUCGUCUUCGUUGGCUGAUUGUAACGUCUAUUCGUACAGCAACAUUUGCCUUCUACCAAAAGUCGUGGGUCCUUGUGAGGCAUUGAUACCACGUUACUACUACAACUCAGAAACUAAACAGUGCGAGAAGUUUUUCUACGGUGGAUGCCAAGGAAAUGCUAACAACUUUGUAACGCUUGAAGAAUGCGAAAAGACUUGCAAUUGCGGAGUAAAUAUCUGUGAUCUUCCCAAAAUCAUCGGUCCCUGUAAAGGCUACUUUCCACGCUACCACUACGACUCCAAAACAAGAGCAUGUCAACAGUUUAUCUACGGCGGGUGUAAUGGAAACGCUAAUAACUUUCUGUCACGAGACGCUUGCAAAAAAGCAUGCCCAAGCUAUACAAAAGGAUGACAGUCCUUUCAAUACUCUGAAUUCUGAAGGAAGUUCUACCUCAACUUCUUCAAUUUUUUCAAGGCAUUAAUACUUUUAGCACAUUAGUAGCAGCAUGUAGUAGAAUGUAGUAGAUCACAUAGUGUUGUAAUCAAUAAACGUGCCUAUCAGAUUA